AUGAAUCGCAGCCUCCAUCAGCCGUUCUCAGCUGGUGAGAUUGCAUGCUGCUUGACGUUCUUCGGGGCCUUGAAGACAACUACUUCGGGCUUCAUAUCGAGGUCCGAGCCUCCUUGCAUCAAGAAACUCGGAGUAUUGGCAGAAACUCGGCAGCUCGUGGUGAGAACUGGGGCAUGUGAUGGCGCAAAAAUCAAUGGAUUUUCAUGGCAUUGCAAUAGCUGUGUCUUGGUGUCUUUGCUCGGUCCCUCUGCAGUGCUCCAACAUUUCGAAGGACGACCAGUCGUUUUCCACGUUUUCCUUGACUGGAAUCUCGGCUGGUCGAUGGACCAUGCGCGUAGGUCACUUCUCUUUCUGUCACUAGUGUAA